GGGAAUUUUACCAUUUGCCCAACGUAAGCGAUUAUGGGAUCGCCAUAAAGCUAAAACACGCAAACCUUCUAGACCAUCUAGUAUUGAAGUUACUUGCGGUGCACAAGUUUGUAUGAAAAAUAGUCCUAUUUGGGCAACUUCAAAAUUCUGCUUGAGUUUAACAGAUUUAUGCCAAUUUAAGGUUUUGCCUGCACCAGUUUCUGAGAAUUCUCACACAAGUAACAUAACCACAGCUUCAAUAGGAGCAACAACUUCAGGGCCUGGUAAUUCAAAAGGAACUUGUGUUCAAAAGGAAACAGCCGAUCGUAUGGAUAUGCCACCUCCACCAUCACCAGCUUCUAGUACUUGUAGUGAUACUGGCAGUAUUACUAAUAGUCACAAAAGACAAAGAAGAGUGACUGUAAAAGAUGACUCAAAUAUUGAACCUAAGAAAGAUGAUGAAGAAUUGUGGUUACUGAAGGAUGUUGUUUUUAUUGAAGAUGUUCGCAGCAUACCCAUUGGUAAAGUAUUGAAAGUUGAUGGAGCAUAUGCAGCAGUAAAAUUUCCUUCAGCAAGCAUAGGAAAAAAUGAGAAAGAAGAAGAAACUUGUAAUUUAUUGCAAGAUUGUAGAUUGAUGAGAAAAGAUGAAUUACAGGUGAUAAAAUCAAUGACAACAUCACGUGCUCCUGACUGUUUCCAAAGAUCGCCACGACGCAUAUCAUUACCAGAAGGUUUAGCUCCGCAUGUAUUGUCACUAGCUGUGGAUACCAGAGGUGUUCAUGCUAUUGUAAGAGGUGGAAAUAUAGGAUCUAGGUUAUGCUACUCAGUAUUUUCAUUGAACACUGGGCGACAAGAAACUGAAGCACCUUUUCCUAGUGACCCUACUGCAUUUCUUGGUUUGAAUAUAAGUGAUAUCAGUUUGACAUGCAUUGGUGAGGGAAAUGAUAGUGUGCUACUACUGAGGGAUGGGAAUCGCACUUUAUAUCCAUUGGCCAAAGAUUGUAUGGAAUGUAUUCGAGAUCCCAAUACACUAGACUUGCCCCCUAUAAGAAGUUUAGGAGCAUCUGUAAUAGCAUUGCCUUCAUCAUCGAUUUCAAAUAAUCUUAAAACCCAAGUGGCUCUUAUAGCAAUGGCAACAGAAGUGCAACUUUUGAUGCCCAGAAUUUUAAGAUGUGAUAUUGAAGGAAUUAAAAUAAUUUUAGCCCAACUGGAAGGUGACUUGAAAUCACAAUUACCUUUGGUACUAAAUGAACGUUGUGAUGGUAAUAGGAAUAUUCUACAUGCUUGCGUUAGUAUGUGCGCACCUGUUUCAAACAAAAUUUUUGACAUAACUGGUCAAACGGAACAGGGAUUAUCUAUUCCAGAAUCGGGUCCCAAUGUGACUUCAAUUCCUGUAGCUCCUCCUCCUGCUACAGAGGAACCUUCAAUGCCUAUAGUAUAUUGGUCAGAAAAUUUUGAACCACAGCCUCCACCUAGUGAAGUUGAAAAUGGGUGCAAAAAUUCUGCUGCAUCAGUUGCAAGUACCCAGAAAGGUAAUGCCAAUGUAGCCCCCAUAUUCAUAAUUGAUGAGAAUGAAAGACGCAAUAAUGCCAUUGCAGCUGUCCAACUGUUAUGUGAUAGUCCAGCAUUACAACCACAUCUCAAAGAAUUGCUAAGUGCCAAGGAUGCACAAGGGCAAACUCCGUUCAUGCUUUCAGUGGCAGUUCGUGCCUAUCGUGCUGGUCUUACUUUGUUGACCACUAUCAGCCAAGUAAGUGGUGGAAAUGCAUCUAUUAGAGACAGUAUGCUAUUCCCUCCUGGUAGUGCACCAGAUCAUUCACCAUUGCAUGUUUUGUGUUGUAAUGACACAUGCAGCUUUACUUGGACUGGCGCAGAGCAUAUUAAUCAGGAUAUAUUUGAAUGCCGAACUUGUGGUCUGACAGGUUCUCUUUGCUGCUGCACUGAAUGCGCAAAAGUUUGCCAUAAAGGACAUGAUUGCAAACUGAAGAGAACUUCUCCAACAGCAUAUUGUGAUUGUUGGGAGAAAUGUAAAUGCAAGGCAUUGAUACAAGGAAGUCAAACUGCAAGAUUUACUCUGAUGUGUCGAUUGGUUGCAGGAACAGACUUGGUUACAACAUUUAAUAGCCGAGGUGAGAGUAUUCUGUUGUUCUUAGUCCAAACAGUGGGCAGACAGUCAAUCGAACAAAGACAGUAUAGAACUGCAAGGCCCAGAAGCACCUCAGGUAAGGGAAAGGCUAUAAUUCAUAUUAUUUAAUAAUGUUACACAGCAUAUAUAUGUGAUUUAAAUUUUAAUAUUAUAUUAGCUGAAGGAGAUAUGCCUGAUCAUGAUUUAGAGCCCCCGCGAUUUGCUAAGCGUGCUCUGGAAUUUAUUUUAAGAGAUUGGCCAGGUUUGCGAGCUAUGAUAUUAUCAGGUGUUGUGGACAAUUCUGUAUGCAGCAAUCUUCAGAAAGAAGAUGAUACUGCAUACAUAAAUGGUCAAAGUGGAACUACAUUAUUGGAUAGAUUUACUCACAAUCUUUUUGUACGAUGUAAUUGUGAUUUGCUAGAUGCUUUACUAGAAACCUUAGUACGAGAAAUUAAUAACACAUCUGUUCCUGGGCGCUGUGAAGAAGCUACUCUGGUUGCAAGGCGUUUUGUAAGAUCAGUUGCGAGAGUUUUUGUGAUAUUCAGUGUUGAAAGUACGCCAUCGGCAGACAAGAGAAGAGGAGUUGGUGGCAGUGUGCAUCCAAUAUUAAAAUGUCGAAAAGUUUUCCAGUCUCUUAUCAAAUUAUCUAUUGAAGAAUUAUGUGAGACUGCAGAUUCAUUAAUUUCACCAGUCAGAUUAGGUGUUGUUCGACCAACAGCGCCAUUUUCUUUGCCUAAUUCUCCAGUUGAAAUUGUUAACAGUUCCGAGGAUUUAUUUUCUGUUGAGCCUUUGACGCCUUUAAAUACAAGGGCUAACAUUUCGACAAAUUCAAAUGUAUUAUCUGCAGAUAUGACAAAUAAUGGUGCCAGUAGAAAUCGUGGCAUUGGCCAAAGAAUACAUACAUCAACUCUUAAUUUGGAUGAUACAAUAGAUAAUGAAGGUAUGGCAGUAGAUGAUCAGGAAGGGGAAACUUCAGAACAAGAUGAUUUGGAUAGAAGUGGUGCUCUGGCUGUAUCUGGUGGUGAGCAAAUGGAAUCUGAACAGCCUGAUCCUUUGAGCGGACAGGCAAAUGCUGAUGUUACUUUGGAGGAAAGUGAUGUUGAAUUAGAUUUAUUGGUCGAAGCUGACACUGAGUCUGAAAGUGAUGAUAAUCAUAGUAAUCAGGAUGCACAAUCUGCACAACGCAGUGUUCAAACUGGUGCUACUGCAGGAUCCGAUACAGGUUAUUUGUGAUUAUAUAUAAUAUGCUAUAAUAACUAUAUAUACUAUAGAGAUUAUGAUUUUUACUUUUCAUUUGUAAUAGAUGAAUCAGGUGAAUCUUCACAACCAGAAGAAGAAGGAAGUGAAAAUGGUGAUACAGACGAAUUGAGCACAGCUGAGACAAUAGCCAAUGAUGAAUUGUUGGAGCGUAGAAUUACCGGAACUGGGCAUUUACAUCGUAACAACUUAGCUCCUCAGAGUAUGCAAUGGGCUAUAAGGAGUCGCGAAAACAACAGGGCAUCAGGUGGAGUACGUUUAUCUACUGGUUCAAAUCUUGUGUUUAUUGAUUCAAGUUCGUUGCGUAGAACUGCUGCAGCUACUGCAGCUGUUGCUGCCGCUAAUCAUCAAGAACCGCAUACAAUGGCCACAACUGCCAGUUGUUUGGCUAGAGGAUUCGGUAUUGUUAUCCGCCAAAUAGCCGAACUUUUAGCUGCAUUGCAUGAUUAUUCACAUGUAGGCUUACUUCAUAAAUCUCUUGAAGUUUCAUUUGAUGAAAUUAUGAAACUACAGAUGUACUUGGAAUAUCGUUUACGGGGGACAUGGGAAUGGCUUUUGACUGUAAUGGAUGCUACUGAAGCUCAAUUGAGGUUCGGAGCCUCUUUAACUCAUGCAGCUGAUCCUGCCCACCCUGGUCAUCCAUUGCAUGCCCCCUCAGUUGGAGGAGCGGUUCCAGGAACAGCAGGAUCACAGUCUGGUGCAACAUUGGGAAUGGUAAAUGCAAUUGGAUCAGGAAAUCCAUCCUCAUCUUCAGCAGGGGCUAGUAGAGUGUCACGUGGCGGCGGAGGUGGCGGUAGCGGGGGCGGUGGACAAGCAGGAAACGCGGGAAGUGCUGUUGGUCCUCGUCUAGUUGGUUUUGGGUCAUCCACAGAAACAUCCAGGGGUCGUGGGGCCGAUCGAGAUGCUCGACGUGAGUUUCUGAGUUAUUGCUUAUCUUUGAUGCGUGCUCAUAAUGCAGAACAUCGAGACUCACUACCAGUUUUGGAUGUGUCUUCCUUACGCCAUGUGGCCUACGUUCUAGAUGCUUUAAUUUAUUUGAUGAGAGGUGGCAGCGGCGCUAGCUCAGCAAAUGAACCGCAAACAUCAGCUGCUAGUCUAGUAGGAGAAAGGGGAGAUAGGGAACCGUAUUUCUGGCAAAUUUCUGAUGCUGAUGAAAAUGAAAAUGAUGAGACUGAAGAUGAGGCCGGACCGGGUAUGGAACCUAUGGACACGAUAGAUGAUCAAGACUCGUUGACUAGUGUUCCAUAUUCUAAUAAAACAAGCAUUUCUGAGAAUAAGGGUCGUAAACAUUCAUUCUUUCAGCGCUCAGAAUCUACUUUGUGUCUGGGGUGUCCACCACCAGAUCCAUUUGCUAUACCUAUGGUAGAAGCACUUCCUUUAGCAGAUCAACCACAUUUGUUACAGCCCAAUGCUAGGAGAGAUGAUUUAUUUGGAAUACCAAAAAUGCCUAUCACUGUACCACCAGCAGAAUCUGCUCCUCCUGGCACUUACAACCCAUUAGAAAUGCUUCCAACUCAAUUGGGUUUAUCAUUACGAGGUUCCAACUCUUCAAUGAAUGUAGGAGUAAAUAAUGCAGCUUACCAUGGUCAAUCAAUGUCAAACAAUGUAAAUAAUAAGCAUCAAGAUGACACAGAUGAUGAUGACGACGAUGAUGAUGAUGAUGAUGACGACGAAGAUGAUGAGGAAGAUGCAGAAGAAAAUGAAGUAGAUAUUAAACCUGACUUGGCGGAUGUUACUAAUACUGAAAUGAUACCAAUAAAGCAAGAGAAUAUCACUGAAAAGAUGGAAACUACAGAUUCUACAAACCAAGCUACAAUACCAGAUUUGGAAAAUUCAGAUGCUCAGUCUCACAGUAAUUUUGAUACAUUUGCUAAAAAUAAAAAAUCAGAAGCUUCAGAAGAACCACAAGAUUUGUCAUGCUCAAAAGAUGUUCCCAAUACAAAUCUGCAAGAUUCAAACUCUUCUGAUGUUGCUGGCCCAAGCGGACAAUCUCCUACUUCAAGAAAUGUUAAAACAGUGCGUCCUCAAAUUAUUGUAACACCGCGGAAAGUAGCAGCUGCUUUGCAAGCGGCAACUGCUAAGGUUCUUGCCGAUGCUAACAAGAAGAGUCUUUCAGAACUCACAGGAGACAGUCCUGAUGUCACUGUAUUACCCACUAAUUUUAGCGUCUUUGAUCUUGGAAAUUCAGAUCAAACAAAUGAUAGUAAUGCCUCUUGCAGUAGAUCGCCAACCAAAAGUGUUAUUGUUAGAGCUGGACCUUCAGUGGGCACUGGAGACAAUCCACUUCCAGAUCCAAUGGAAACACAAGAAAUUUCAGCUCAUGUUACUGUUGAAACAACUCCUUCUGUUAAUGUUAAUGUCAAACCUCCAAUUCCAAGACCAUACCCAUCUAUUGGUCCUAUGGUGUCUCAUGAUCUAUUACUGGGUCGUUGGCGUCUGUCAUUAGACCUAUUUGGUCGUGUUUUUAUGGAAGAUGUUGGUUUAGAGCCUGGAUCGGUUGUAGCUGAACUUGGUGGAUUUCCAGUAAAGGAAGCUAAAUUCAGAAGGGAUAUGGAGAAGUUGCGAAAUGCUCAGCAAAAUGAUUUAACUUUUUUGAAGAUGGAAAGAGAUAGAAAUCAACUAUUAUUGAAAGCAUUUAAAGAACUCAACCAACAAAUAAAUCAUCACCACAGACGUGGCUCAUCAGUUCCACCUUUAGCAGUUAAUAGAGUUAAAGUGACAUUUAAAGAUGAACCAGGUGAAGGAAGUGGUGUUGCACGUAGUUUUUAUACUUCCAUUGCCGAAGCUAUAUUAUCAAAUGAAAAACUGCCAAAUUUAGAACCAGCACAAGUAGGAAGUAAAUUCAAUCAAUUCAACAUGCUUAGAGUUCGAGGCACUCCUCCAGUUACCCCUAGAGAACAACACCGCAAUGCUGGUUCAUCUAGUAUGCGCACUAGUGGGGGCGCUUCAGGCCAUCAUCACCAUAGGCUUACUUGGAGAAGCAGAGAUGUCAGAAAAGCAUUAAACGUUGAUGCUACACCAUUCAAUCCAGGACCACAACUUCUAGAAAGUUUGAAUUCUGCACCAUCCAGUAGUUCCACAUAUGCACCGUUGACAGUCCCUCUAGUACCAUCACAAAUGGGCAAUAUUUACAAUGAUCAUUUAACGCAUCAUCAACAACAAUUAGGAGAAAGGCUUUAUCCAAGGAUAUAUGCACUACAUCCAGGAAUGGCUGCAAAAAUAACUGGAAUGCUCUUAGAAUUAGGAUCUACACAAUUAUUAAUUCUCUUAGCAUCUGAUGAAUCUUUAAGGCAACGAACCUCGGAAGCUGUAGAACUAAUAUUAUCUCAAGCUCAUCAUCAAAGUGAUACUUUAAGUAAGUUUUUUUUUUGUCAAUAUAGCUUGUGCAAAUCUUACAGUGUUUCAAAUAAUAAUAUUUUAACAGGUAACUUAGUGCCGACAAUUCCACGUAAAACUAUUAUUGAUGAACCGCUAGAAGAUAAUGGUCCCUUGUUCUAUAUGCCUGGAAAACGUGGCAUAUAUAGUCCUAGACAAGGCAGAGCAAGUAAUGAAAGAAUUAAUGCUUUCAGAAAUGUUGGAAGAUUUAUUGGCCUGUGCCUGUUACAAAAUGAACUAUUCCCACUGUUUUUAUCGAGGCAUGUACUGAAAUCUAUACUGGGUAGAACUGUUCGAUUUCAUGAUUUGGCUUUCUUUGAUCCAGUUAUAUAUGAGUCUUUGCGACAACUUGUGGUUGAUGCAGAAACAAAGGAAUCAUCGAACAGUCUCUUUAGUGCUUUAGAUUUAACUUUCAGCAUUGACUUGUGCAUUGAGGAGGGUGGAGGAAAUGUUGAAUUGACUCCAGGUGGCCGAGACUUAGAGGUGACUGCAACCAAUGUUUAUGAUUAUGUCAGAAAAUAUGCUGAGUAUAGAAUGAUCAGAUCACAAGAAAAGGCUAUUGAAGCUAUUCGUGUUGGGGUAUUUGAUGUAAUACCAGAAACUUCUUUGAGUGGAUUAACUGCGGAGGAUCUUCGCUUACUAUUAAAUGGUGUAGGAGACAUAAAUGUUGCAACACUAAUUUCAUAUACCAGCUUCAAUGAUGAAUCUGGAGAGCCCGGUGAUCGUUUGUUGAAAUUCAAAAGAUGGCUCUGGUCUAUUGUUGAGAAAAUGAAUAAUAUAGAGAGACAAGACUUGGUGUAUUUUUGGACUGGUUCACCAGCUCUACCUGCAUCAGAAGAAGGUUUUCAACCAAUGCCCUCUGUGACAAUUAGGCCAGCCGGAGAUUCUCACUUACCUACUGCUAAUACUUGCAUAUCUCGGCUUUACAUUCCUCUGUAUAGUAGCAGAGCUGUUUUGAGACACAAAUUAUUAUUGGCCAUAAAAACAAAAAAUUUCGGUUUUGUUUAAUUUAUGAAAAUUACU